AUGUUGGCUGGCACAAGCCUUUCGAGGCUUGUUUGUGCGUCGAGAAUAGCGGGUGUUCGUUCAUUCCAUGACAGAAGUUCGGUUCCUAGAGUUGUUGAUGAUCGUGAAAAAGCUUCUGCAAAGCAUACAGAUGCAGGCUAUUAUUUCCGUUAUCAUCAGAAUGGUGUAGAUCCACUUCCACGUAUUCCCGAUUGCAAAGUUCCCGUAGCGAGACCUGCUUAUAAAAUUCGAGAUCCAUGGACGACUGAAAAUGCUAGAUUCGGGCAAAACGAUUAUAUCGAUAUUCUCGGAGACGGUUCAAUUCAUCCUGCACAGCUUCAAUAUCAUACACCAACCUGGUUAAGAGGGUUCCCUGGACAGCAUAGGGCGAAUGAGCUCAUCAAAUUGGUGCACUAUCGCAAUUUGUAUGACUCCAAACUGAAGCAAAAUUCCCCUAGAAGGUGGCACGAACUUCGAAAGCGUAUAAAGUAUCUUAUGAUGCAGCAUAAUUACAACAAACAGGAUGAGCUUGGAAGAGAGCGAAAUCUUGGAUUGUGGGAGGAAGAACCUGACUACACAUACAAAGACAAAUCGAGAAGGUCUUUUAAGGACGAGGUUCAUUAA